AUGGAUGGAGAAAUGCUACGGUAUCGACGAUCGAGGGAAUGUUUAGAUAAAGAUUUAACUCCAUCAAUUUCCACAUAUGAAUACGAAGAGGAUGAUGAUUGUGGAGAGUUUCGAAGAACUCGAGCGACGAUUUACCGCACACAAAUGUUCUUGAGGCCAGUCGAUGUACAGAAUUCCUCGGACAUCACCCUUGUCACUCAACUCAAUAUCGAGCGCUUUCCGAUCUUCGAGAAACUCAUUUCAAACUGGGAAGGUCCAAUCUCAGCAUCGAUUUAUGCAAGUGAUGCCGAGUCAUUUCAAUUAACUGAAUAUUGGAAGCAAUCACGAAUCCUCUCAACGCGCCGAAAUAUCGCCAUUCACUCAAUCUACAAAAGAGGGAACUUCUACCCGGUCAAUUACCUACGUAAUGUGGCAAUCAAUGGCUCGAAGACUGAAUAUCUUUUACUUCUUGAUGUCGAUUUUCUCCCGUCUCAAGGGUCUCAUUCGAUUCUCCAGAGACACUUGAAUGACUUCAAAAAGCAAAAUGCACUGAUUUUGCCGGCAUUUGAGACGGUUAACGGGAAUUCUUUUGAAUCGAUGAAUAAGAACGAUUUUUUGGAAUUGUGGGCGCAAAAAAGGGUACGACCGUUUCGGCAAGAGAUCUGGCCUCAAGGCCAUUUUGCGACCGAUUUUGAGAAAUGGAAAACAAGUGAAGGUGUUUAUGAGAUCUCCUAUCAACACGACUUCGAACCGUACUUCUUGAUACGAAAAUCGGAGUGUCCGCCAUUUGACGAAAGAUUUGUCGGCUUCGGGUGGAACAAAGUCGCGCAUUCGAUGGUGUUGAACAAAAUGGGAUACACGUUCCGCGUGCUUCCCGAUGUUUUCCUCCUUCAUUUCGAUCAUCCGCCAUCAAUGGAAAUGCUCAAAUUUCGCACCUCUCCCAUUUAUCGAAAAUGCAUGAAAAUGCUCAAAGGGGAAUUCGUACGUGAUCUCAUUGAAACGGCACUACCCGAAGAAUCAUGUUCUUACGGUGAGCGUUGUGUUGGUGACUCUGCGUGUAUCGACGGCAUUUGUUUAUGUGUUGAGGGAAUGAAGAAGUUGGCUGCUCAAUGUGUUGAACCGGUUGUGCUUGAGUUAGCGGAAAGGAUAGCUUUAACCACAUCCACUGUUGCACCAGAGAAAGCCAGAGCAACGACUACAACUCCGAAACGUCAAUCCACUCCAGCGCCAACAAUCGCACCAAUCUAUUGGCCAGAUAAAAAAAGGCCCAUCAUUGGACUAGCUGGUGGGAUUUGUGGUGUUGGCGGGGUUUGUCGAUCGAUGACAACUUGCCAAGAAAACAUUUGUGUCUGCUUUUGGGGCUUCAAGGCGGCUUUCGGUGAAUGCGUUCGUGAUCAUCAUUUUGGUGAG